CUUGGCAGUCCAAUUAAGUUUUUGUGGGUGGUGAUAUCAUGGAUGGUCAGUGGCUCGUAGUGCUCGCUUUGUUUAUUGUGGUGCUCGGAUUGCUCUAUAAAUGGUCGGUGGCUAAAUAUCACAUAUUCCGGGAGAGGGGCGUGGCGCAUGAGAAGCCAUGGCCACUGAUAGGCAAUAUACCCAUACGUUCCAUGUUUGGUGGAGUGCCGGUAUUGAAGCACAUGAUCCAGAUGCAUCUGAAAUACACCGGAUCCCCAGUUUAUGGUAUUUAUGCUCUAAGGGAUCCCUACUUCUUCGUCCGAGAUCCAGAGCUCAUCAAGCUAAUUGGCAUCAAGGAGUUCGAUCACUUUGUCAAUCACUAUCAGAUGCAAAACAACAUUCAGGAAUCGAUACUGUCCAAGAGUCUAAUGUCCCUGCAGGAUGGACGCUGGCGAGAGAUGCGCAACAUAUUGACACCGGCCUUUACUGGUAGCAAGAUGCGGGUCAUGUACGACCUGAUCCAUUCCUGCAGCAUUGAGGGCGUACUCUAUGUCCAGGAACAGCUCCAGUCCGGCAGCGCUGGGAGCAUCGACCUGGAAAUGAAGGAUUACUUUACGCGUUUCGCCAACGAUGUGAUUGCCACCGUUGCCUUCGGGCUCAGCGUCAACUCGUUCAGGCGCAAAGAUAACGAGUUCUUCCGCAUCGGCCAAUCCCUGUCCAUCAUAAGCGCCUGGUCGGUGGUUAAGGCCAUGCUCCAUGCCCUGGUACCCCGGCUCAUGAAGCUUCUUCGCAUUCAGGUGUUGGACACCACCAAGAUUGAUUACUUCACCAGUCUGGUUAAUGUGGCAAUGAAAUACCGGCAGGAGCACAAUGUGAUCAGGCCGGAUAUGAUCCACCUGCUGAUGGAGGCCAAGCAGCUGAGGCAUGCCGAGCUCAAAGAUCAGACGAAGGAUGCGCGGUACUAUAAGGAGUUCACCGACGAAGACCUAUUGGCCCAGUGCCUGCUGUUUUUCUUUGCUGGAUUUGAGAUCAUCUCCUCCUCCCUGUGCUUCCUCACCUACGAGCUCUGCUUGAAUCCCAAAGUGCAGGAUAAGUUGUACGAAGAGAUCCUGUCCGUAAAUCGGGAACUAAAUGGUCAACCUUUGUCCUAUGACAAACUAACCAAGAUGCGAUAUCUGGACAUGGUGGUGCUGGAGGGUUUGCGCAAAUGGCCACCGGCUAUAGCCACGGAUCGGGUGUGCUGCAAUGACAUUGAUUUGUGUGAUGAGAAUGGUGCGAAAUUGUUCGCCGCCCGGAAAGGGGAUGUCUUCCAGAUACCCAUCUUUUCGCUGCAUCGUGAUCCCGAAAACUUCCCAGAUCCGGAGACCUUUGAUCCCGAGCGAUUUGCCGAGGAGCGAAAGGAUGAGCUGAAGCCCUUCACAUUCCUAGCGUUCGGAGUGGGUCCUCGGAAUUGCAUUGGUAAUCGGAUGGCCCUCAUGGAGCUCAAGUCGAUUGUCUACCAGCUUCUGCUGAAUUUCAAGAUGCUGCCGGCUGAAAAGACCACCAGGGAUAUGCUGGAGGACAUUGUGGGCCACGGACUGAAGCCAAAGAGCGGCUUCUGGCUGAAGUUUCAGAAGCGUCAGUAAAAAAAGAAGAGAAAAACUUCGAUUGCAUCUUUGUUCAUUAAUCGACUGCAGAUUUUUCAAUUAAAACUCGCAUGCACCAUUAA